AUGAUCGUAACUCCAGAAAGAACAAUAGUGCGUUUGAACAGCAGAAUGAGUGUGACAGAGCAUAAUGUUAUCUCUGCACUUGUCGUUCGUUUUCCUGUUGGUCAAUGUUUAGGACGCUUAAUUCGCGGACCGCUGUCACGAGCGUUUGUUGCGCGAAAGAUAAUUUUGGGACAAGAUGAUGUUGAUGCUUCAUGCCUACAAGUUAUGUCGGAAGAAUUACGAUUUGGGACCUUUUAUCCUCAACGCGGGUGCUUGUUGCUCGAUCCUACAGCAUUCUGGGGACAUUCCUACGAGAAGUUUAUGGGAGAUAAAGACGUUCUGGUUACCAUAUUCUCGCGUGAGUGCUCAUCAGUUGCUUGCCCUCGCGAUUUGUUUCUUGGUAUGCCAAUCGAGCUUAGUGGCGUCAAACGUACUUAUAGAAGCAACCGCAAGCGAAGUAUCGACUAUUCCUUCACCUUAUUCUUAGUGCAGUAUGACAAAGAUAUUAGAUCAUCCUUGAUCGAUCGGUUCACGUCUCAUGGAUUUGAGAAUGUUCCACUUAUUGCUGGGGAAGAAAACAAAUUUGCCCAUAUAUUCUUCAGGCCGCGAACAUCACUUGUUGAUUAUCUACCCCUUCUCAGCUCCUAUGCUGUUUUUACCUUUUACCUAUAUUUCUCCGCCCGAAAAUUUGAAAUGGUAGCGUCAAGAUGGGGUCUUGCUCUCGCUGCUGCCUUUACUGUAGGCGCCACUCUUCUGAUGACUACGGGUGUAUGCGCUCAUUUGGAAUUGAGUCCGACAUUGUGGGGUGCCGAAAUAUUCCCUUAUAUUGCUCUAAUAUUGGGUCUAGAGAAUAUCCUAUGCAUCACAAGAUGA